GCUGCUCCACCGGCGGCUUCAUUCACAGAGGAGAUGGCGGCCAGAGGCGGCUUCCAGACGAUACCUUCGGGUGGCGGCGGCGGAGCAAUGGGACCUGGACCACCAGUACCGGGUGUGGGACCAGGCAUGGGACCCGGGACUCCCUCAGGAAGGAUGGGCCCGUCGUCGGGCGCGCAGAACCACAUGUACCGCUCCCCGAUGCCCGGGCCUGGAUACCCGAGACCGGGCAUGCCUCCCUCCAGCCGUAUGACUCCUCAGGGACCAGCCAUGGGCCCCCCAGGAUACGGGAACAGCCCUGUUUCUCGCCCUGGGAUGCCUGGCGUGAUGGACCCGUCUCGUAAGAGGCCAGCCCCCCAGCAGAUUCAGCAAGUUCAGCAGCAGCAGAACCGCAACCAGCACACAAAGAAGAAGAAGAUGGCUGAUAAAAUUCUACCUCAGAGGAUCAGGGAACUGGUCCCAGAGUCUCAGGCUUAUAUGGAUCUGCUGGCUUUUGAGAGGAAGCUAGACCAGACCAUCAUGCGCAAAAGGCUGGACAUACAAGAGGCCCUCAAGAGGCCCAUCAAGCAAAAGAGGAAGCUUCGCAUCUUCAUAUCGAACACCUUCAACCCUGCAAAGCCGGAUGCCGAGGACGGAGAAGGCACAGUUGCAUCAUGGGAGCUGCGUGUUGAAGGGCGUCUGCUGGAAGAUACAGCCGUGUCCAAGUAUGAAGCCACAAAACAGAAGAGGAAGUUUUCUUCUUUCUUCAAGUCCCUGGUGAUUGAGUUGGACAAGGACCUUUAUGGACCAGAUAAUCACCUUGUGGAAUGGCACAGGACCGCCACCACCCAGGAGACUGAUGGUUUCCAGGUGAAGAGGCCAGGUGAUGUGGGUGUUCGCUGCACCGUCCUCCUCAUGCUUGACUACCAGCCCCCUCAAUUCAAGCUGGACCCCCGGCUGGCUCGUAUGCUGGGUAUCCACACCCAGACCCGACCUGUUAUCAUUCAGGCCCUUUGGCAGUACGUCAAGACCCACAAACUCCAGGACCCUCAUGAGCGCGAGUUCAUCAACUGUGACAAGUACCUGCAGCAGGCCACUGUGGGUUUCCCCACACAAGCCUGGAAGGAGAGGAUUUUUGAGACCCAGAGAAUGAAGUUCUCCGAGAUCCCGCAGCGCUUGCAUGCACUGCUGAUGCCUCCAGAGCCCAUCAUCAUCAACCAUGUGAUAAGUGUGGACCCUAAUGACCAAAAGAAGACUGCUUGCUAUGACAUUGAUGUGGAAGUGGACGACACACUGAAGACCCAGAUGAACUCCUUCCUGCUCUCCACUGCCAGUCAGCAGGAAAUCGCAGGACUGGACAACAAGAUCCAUGAAACCAUUGAGACCAUCAACCAGCUGAAGACCCAGAGAGAGUUCAUGCUGAGUUUUGCCAGAGAUCCUCAGGGCUUUAUCAACGACUGGCUGCAGUCCCAGUGCAGAGACCUCAAGACCAUGACUGAUGUGGUAGGAAACCCAGAAGAGGAGCGUCGGGCUGAGUUCUACUACCAGCCGUGGGCUCAGGAGGCCGUCUGUCGCUACUUCUACUCCAAGGUCCAGCAGCGACGACAGGAGCUGGAGCAGGCGCUCGGCAUCAGGAACACCUAAAAACAUCUGGACACGCGGCAGAUGUGCUGUCAGAGAAGGCUGAUGUGUCUGAGUGUGUGUGUGUGGGCGGGGGGUACAAACUUCUUACCACUGGCGUACAGACGCACGACAAACCCAGACAGACAUAGAUACUACAUGGUUUUACUGUUAUAUAGGAUUUUUCUUACUUUCAGUAGCUACUUCCACACUUUUGUACGUUUUUAUUUCCCCCCCUCACACAAGAGCUUCUUGAGCACAUUGUUUUUCCUUCUGCAUGUCUAAGGUUCAGGCACCUGGAAGCAUUCCUUUUCUCUCCAUACGUACAAACAGACUGAACUCAGUGUCCCGGGGAAAGUCAAUUUACUUGGUGCACUCCACCUGAUGCUCGCCCCUUCAGUUAGAUAUUGAUCGUGACUGUGUUUGUAAUCAAUCCAAUCACUCAUUGUUUUCUUUGGACAGUUGGGUCCACAGUCGGUCAUGGCACAAAAUACAUUUUUGUGGAAAAGCGGUUACUUUUUGUUAAGUGCCAUUUAGUAUGAAGUCGUUUUAAUUUUUUCUUCUUCUUUUUGUUCAUUACCAUUGAUCUUUGUUUUUUAUGUGUAUUAUACAGUACUUGUCUUGUUAGAUAGUACAGAUUAUCAUGGAAGUAGCUAGUACGAGUACCUCUAGUCUAUAUAGUUUUGUACAUAAUGAGCAGUAAAAAAACUGAAGAUGGAUGUGAAGUAAAAAUUGUAUCUCUUAUCCUGACAGAUCUUUUUCUUAACUUUUUGUCUACGCUGCGAUAGUUGAACCAGUAUUUAUAUUAAUCGGCCCCUCUCUCUCGGAGCCCAGUGACUUAGCUACUACAGCGUAAAGAGCACGUAAAGUCCCAUUUGAUGAACCACUGCUCUGCAGGGCUGAGUGCACUCAGCAUUCAUGUCGCCUGCGAUCUAGGAGGAGUUGAAUCUACUGCUCAUAGUUUUGUGUACUUUUGAAUGUGAGCAGAGAAGCUAAGAAACACUUGAGCUCCUUCUCACAUGUGGACGAGCUGAUGUGAAGAGUCGUUGCUUCUUUGACACUUCGCUGAAGACCUGACCCCUCUGUGGUUUAAUGGUUGUUUCACUGAUGAAGAUGAAGACGGGGGUCCUGGCUAAAUCUCUUGUGUGUGCAUUUCAUUAACAAAUUCCAAGAAUACACUAAUGUGGGUUUGGGGAGGUGCAUGAUUUGGAACGAGUUGUGGGAACCUCUGGGAUGUAAAACACAACACUGGUUGGACUGCAGUAAUAUUUUAAUCUGCAGACUUUUUCAUGGACCAAACCUAUUUUUCUGUAUGUUCUUAUUAUGUUAUAAUAAAGGAUAUGUAAAAUGUA